UUAACAUCUUGAAUUAAUACUUCGCGUAAUAAUAAGAAAGUACUGUUGUCAGGAUUUUCAAUCGCGAUUAAACGAUAUAUUUGCCAUUUUAUAGUUUAAUAAGAAUAAUCAUCUUUUGACACUAGUAAAGAGCUCAACCAUGGGCAAAAGAAAUAAUAUGAUCCCUAAUGGGCACUUUCACAAAGACUGGCAAAGGUUUGUAAAAACCUGGUUCAACCAGCCAGCUAGAAAAUACCGUCGUAAACAAAAUCGUGUGAAGAAAGCACGUACUCUUGCACCAAGACCUGUUAAGCUGUUGAGACCUGUUGUUCAUUGUCCAACUUUUCGCUAUCACACGAAAGUUAGAGCUGGCAAAGGUUUUACUUUGGCCGAAAUAAAAGCUAGCGGUUUAAACAAAAGAUUUGCUAGAACUAUUGGAAUUGCGGUAGACCCUAGAAGACGAAACAAGUCAGUUGAGUCUUUGCAAACAAAUGCUCAAAGAUUGAAGGAAUAUAAGUCAAAAUUGAUAUUGUUCCCUCUAAAUGAAAAGAAACCUAAGAAGGGUGAAGCAACUGAAGAGGAGAUGAAAGUUGCAACUCAAGUUGAAGGAGAAGUUAUGCCAAUAAGACAUCAACCAGCAGCCAAAGCAAAGGCUCGUGUCAUUUCUGAGGAGGAAAAGAAAUUCUCUGCAUAUAUAACUGUCCGUAAAGCUAGGGCUGAUGCUAGAUUAGUUGGAAUUCGUGCAAAGCGUGUUAAAGAAGCAGCAGAAAAUCCUGAUGAUGUGACAAAGGUUGGAGCUGCUACUACUAAGGACAAGAAGCCUAAAAAAUAACUUUAAGCUUUGUGACUUUGUAUAAAUAUAAAAAUAAAUUCUUGAAUAAGAAAUACA